AAGCAACGUCCAAUUUUCAUUUUAAUUCUUUUUAUUUUUUUCUUUGUUUGCCCAUUGUAGAAUUCAAUUUCGAAGUAAAAAAAAAGAAAAAGAAAAAUGAUGAUGAAGGUUAGGCAGAACGUGGUUGUUGGCUUCCUUUGCCACAAUAAUAACAAAUAUGAUGAUAAUAGAGCAGCAGCAGCUUCUGCGGAUCGCUCACGGCUCAAUCAGUUCCUCAUUUUCCCCUCUUCCUCCUCUCCUCGAUCGGUUGUCACAGCCGCCGCCGUCAUGGCAUCCAUCGGCGGCAGCAAUCUCAUCACCUCCUCCAAUCACUUGAGGCAUGUGGAUUUCAUUACCAAUUUGCCUUCGGGGCCCCGAAAGAUUUCUCACUUGAAUGCUGUCGUCUUGGGGGAAGCUUCUGCAUCUGAGGAAGCCGAUCUCGUUUUACCCAGCCAACAGUUCUCCAGCCAGGCCCUCGUUCCUUCUCAUCAAAAGUACUUGGAGAUGUACAUGAGAUCCAUUCAGGAUCCUGCCGGAUUCUGGUCCGAUAUUGCGUCUCAGUUCUACUGGAAGCAGAAAUGGCCAGAACAGGUCUAUUCCGAUAAUCUGGAUAUUCGGAAAGGCCCUAUCAAGAUUGAGUGGUUCAAAGGUGGUAUCACCAACAUUUGCUACAAUUGUGUUGAUAGAAACAUAGAAGCUGGCCUCGGUGACAAAAUCGCCCUUUACUGGGAAGGAAAUGAGCCUGGCUUUGAUGACACUUUGACUUACUCCCAGCUGCUCCACAGAGUUUGCCAGCUCGCAAAUUACUUGAAAGAUAUUGGUGUUAAAAGGGGUGAUGCUGUUGUCAUUUAUUUGCCUAUGCUAAUGGAACUUCCCAUUGCUAUGCUUGCUUGUGCCCGAAUUGGUGCUGUUCACUCGGUUGUGUUUGCCGGAUUUUCUGCCGAAUCUCUUGCUCAGCGAAUUGUGGAUUGCAAACCAAAAGCUGUCAUUACUUGCAAUGCUGUUAAAAGGGGUCCCAAGAUCAUCCACCUUAAAGAAAUUGUUGAUGCUGCCCUCAUUCAAUCUGCCAAGACUGGGAUCUCAGUAGAUGUAUGCUUAACCUAUGAAAACCAAUCAGCCAUGAAGAGGGAAAGCACUAAUUGGCAGGAAGGAAGAGAUGUAUGGUGGUCGGUACGUACACAAUGCCUCUUUCACUAAUUGAGCAUAACAUGGUGUAGAUCUGUCUUCGUAUCUAAUGCUUGAAGUACCUGAAUAUAAAUAUAUAGAGUAGGGAUCCAUUUACACACAAGUUUUACACACCACUUACACAAAAUUUUGACCAUCUUCACUUCUAAUGGUUGAGAUUUAUCAUGGAUAAAAAGAUAAUAAUCUUUAAUAAUAAAAAGUUAAUAAAUCUCAACCAUUGAA